AAGUCUAGGGUUAUAUGUGCGCGGCGCGCUAACGUUCAGCCGUCGGAAAUGACGUUGUGCCGUGCCGCCGAGCGGAAACUGGUGGAAGGAACUAUUGCAAGGGAGGCCGGGGAAGGUUUCUUGUUUGUACAGGAGUUGGAGCAGGGGAGGGAGCGCUCGGGCUCGUAACGACCACCGGUGGUCGGUAGGGGCCACCGCCACCAUGGCCAUGUCGGAGAGUCAGCUGAAGAAAAUGCUUGGCAAGUACAAGUACAGGGACCUGACUGUUCAGGAAACGAUCAGUGUUAUUACCCAGUAUAAAGACCUCAAGCCUGUAAUGGAUGGAUAUGUUUUUAAUGAUGGUUCAUCAAGAGAACUGAUGAGUCUCACAGGAACCAUUCCUGUAAGUUACAGAGGUAACACAUACAAUAUCCCAAUAUGUCUGUGGCUAUUGGAUACAUAUCCAUUCAAUCCUCCAAUCUGUUUUGUUAAGCCAACUAGUUCAAUGACAAUUAAAACUGGAAAACAUGUGGAUGCAAAUGGCAAGAUAUAUCUUCCAUAUCUACAUGAAUGGAAACAUCCACAGUCGGAUUUGAUCGGAUUGAUUCAAGUUAUGAUUGUGGUGUUUGGAGAAGAGCCUCCGGUCUUUUCUCGACCUACCAUUUCAGCAGCCUACCCAUCUUACCAGGCAACAGGACCACCAAACACUUCCUAUAUGCCAGGAAUGCCAAGUGGAAUGUCACCUUUCCCUCCUGGACCACCACCUAACCCAAGCGGUUACACAAGCUAUCCUUACCCUCCCCCUAGCGGAUCUUAUCCACCAACAACUAGCGCACAGCACUACCCUUCUCAGCCUCCUGUCACUACUGUGGCAGAUGGCAGAAGAAAGCAGAAACAGGUAUGGAUUUGUGGUCAUUCUUAUGUAUUCUGGGCAGAAAAAAGAGCACUUGAAAGAAGCUUUGGCCCUCAGUUGGGCAUUCGACCGGAGGAUGCCAAGUUACAUUGGCUAGGAAAGAGUGGCAUGACAUGGGAUCAAUUAAUACCCACCCUUUUGCAUACACGGCGGCGUCUAACAGAUCCUGAUGUGCUGGUGAUCCAUCUAGGAGGAAAUGAUCUGGGGACAGCCAGAGAUUUGGAUAUCAUAAAACGAAUGAAGAAAGAUUUAGGACAUCUUAAGCAACUAUUCAAGAAUGUCAUUCUUGUCUGGUCUAAUAUUGUACCCCGUAAAGUAUGGAACCAAGGGUUGCCCCAUAAAAUCGAGAAAAGCAGGAGAAGAGUCAAUCAGGAAAUCGGCUGUUUUACGGAGCAUAUUGGAGGGAAUGUAAUCAAACACGAUUCACUUGUCUCAGAGUCUCCAGGAUUAUUCCAUCUAGAUGGUGUUCUCUUGUCUGAAAGUGGCACAGAUGUCUUCAACCUGGAUCUCCUGAGCAUUUUGGAAACUUUGAUCUGACUGUUACUUUGGAGGAAGAAUAAUAGAUUUCAAUUUAAACACAUAUGGAAGGUCUCUGCAGAAAAAGAUUAUUAGAAGGUUGUGAACAGUGUGGGAAAGUGAGCUUACAGGCAGUAGAAUUGCCCUGUUAGUACGGUGGUGGGUAUCAGUUUAGUAAUGCAGUUGCCUGUGGCACUGUCCUGCAAGCACUGCAGUGAGAUGUUUGCCCAUAUAUUUAACUGUUUUUCAAGUUCUGUUUAAUUUUUUUAUUGCAUUCAGUCCACUUCUACAGUUUGCUCAGAGACACAGCCAAACAGUUUAAUUCCCUGAUUGAUUUCUGCAUCUUAAAAAUGCAGUGCAUACAUGGGGAUAUCUACCUAAAGUAUGAGUAACUGUUUAUAAAGCUAUUUUACAUGGGUAGAUCAAGGAUCAUCAGUGUUGGCAUUUAGUAUUACAGAAUUUCAAAAAUAUGUCAUCUUGGAAGAACUGAGCCUUGCUAAGUAGAGCAGGUAAAGAGCCCAGGUUCGAAGUGUCAAAACAAGCAUACAAGGAGAGGGAUGAGUGGGCACGCCUGGUGCUCAUUCUUGACUUAAUAAACCAUAGUUUAUUAAAUCAGGAAUGUUACAUCCAAACUGCCAUGUAAGAUUUGUUACUAUAAUACAUUACAUUGAAUGUGUUUAUAUAGAGAGCUGUCCUGAUGUUUUACCUUAAUCGGAUUGUGUUAGCACUAAAAGUUUUAAGUGUUAGUCAAGACGGUUUCAGUGAGAAAUUGUGCAGGCACACCAAAGCGUCCGCAGAACUUUUUGUAGAUGGACUGUCCCAUUCAUUUUGAUGGAGAGAAGAGAUCCAUGCUCACAAGUUCUUGUGGAAUUGCUUCCACUACAGAAAUGCAUGGCAAAAUCGUUCUAGGUGAGGGAACUCUUGGCCUUGAAGCUCUUGUGCCUGGAACAGCAUGCUGGGUUUUGAGAUAGACUUAAGUGCCGUAGCCCCAGAGCUAUUAUGGCACUUGUAAAGGAUUUUGUCAUUUUAAAUGGCAGGUCAUAUAAACACUAUGGUUCUAGCCCCUUAAUUAACACAUCUUGAGGGUUUCCAAAGAUCCUGUUUGUAGAGUAAUUGUGACAAUUUGAUAAGUGGUUGCAGGGAUAGCAAGAUGUGGGGGUUGUUUUUCCCCAGAAUAAAGUCCUUGCUAAAGAUGAAUGGAAUCUUUCCAUUGUGCAAUCUGUUAAAACUAUAUGAAGUUUCAUAUUCUGCUUGCCUUGAAACUGUUGAACUGUUUGACAGUGUCUCUAUAACACAGUAAUGCCACUUUUUGCUUUGGCAUGACUAUGUCACCUUUUUAGCAAAAGGCAGAAGGUCUGCAUCAGAAUUUGCUUUUUAAGUAUAAUCUGAUAGAACUACCAUUUUUCAAAAUCAUUUUUAGUACUUAUUAGGAAACAAAUUACAGGAAAGUGUUAGCCCAUGAUUAAAAAAAACCUUGUCAUGUAAUUAACAACUUGAUUAUUCUUAAGGGGAGUUGAUUGUAAAAUAAACCACAUGAGACCAUAUCCAAUAUUUCAAGUAAAUUACUUAUAUGUAGUUGUGUGCCUUUUAAGUUCCUUUUAUAAGCAAGAGAAAGCUUCAGUGGCUUAUGUCAUCUCCCCCUCUUCUCUGAAGUCAAGUCACUAUCCAGAAUUAUUUUGGAUUCUUCAGAGUUGUGGCUUUAAAUUACUAAACUUCCAGAUAUACUACACAUCUUGGAGGCGGACUUCAGAACUUGAUUCUGGAAUGUAGGGCAACAGGAAUUCUCCGAGAAAUGAACUUUACUGCAACUUAAGAUGAAUACUUUGAACAUUUAUAUUUUUACGUGAUUUCUCUUUAAAUACCUCUUUGAAAAUUUCCUACAAGUUUGGGGGAGAACUGCAUAGCCUUUGGAAGGAACUAGGGCUGAAUUCUACAUGUUUAUGGCAUGGUCCAGCUCUUUCCCUUGAGGAUGUAGCAGCACUUCCUGGUACAUACAACUGACAACAGACUUUAUUUUGAAUACUUGCUUGUAGUAGGGCUUCUAAGUUCCAAUAUGGGCCCACUAAUAUUUUCUAUCUUUUUGAUGUUGGACAGUGUUGUUUGAUUCAUUUAAUUUGUAUAACUUGGAGAUUUGUGGUUUAAAAAUA